AUAAUUAUGUAACAAUGUUCUCUUGUCAAUCGCGUGAUUUCCCAUGCUUAACGAUCGCUUAUUUAUAUACGACGUAGGGAAUAUAUUACCGUAGAUGUAAAUUUGUUUUAAUUUAAUUAAUUAGCAUUGCACAUGUUUCAUUAUACAAAUUUAUUCCCAAGCCUACGGUUUAUCAGUGACUUUCAGAAUUAUCGAAUAUAUUUUUAUUUCAUUUAUCUUUUGUAAGCGCAGGUUUCGUAUAUAGAAUUACGCAAGUUAAAAAGAUUUUGAUAUCUAUCCAUUAACUUUUUUAUCUGUACGAAGACCGAGAUAUAAGUCAACGAUUACAAAUCCUAUAUAAACUGGCACACUACCGAAUAAUUCGGGUUAACCUAAUUUUCAUCAUAUAAAAGUAACGACGUGUAAUCGUUACAGUUAUUAUGUUAUUGUGUAUGUGGAAAAAGUGUCGUUAACGUAAACUUUUUGUUCGUCUUGUAAUUAAAGUACGUGGUGUGAUUUUAAAAAUGGAUCUUUUAGCAGUAAUUGGCUUCAUAGUCCUUAUUUAUUACCUUAUUUACAUGACAUGUCCUUGGUUUUUCGACUCUGAUCUAAAACUUGCUUUCUACGAAAAAUUUGGGAAACCAAUAAAUUCUUUGAAAGGAAAGACUGUAUGGAUAACAGGAGCAUCAAGUGGAAUUGGAGAACAUCUUGCAUACGUUUUGGCAAAUGCUGGUUGUAAAUUAAUAUUAUCUGCAAGAAGAAAAGAGGAAUUGGAAAAAGUGAAAGCUAAUUGCCUUCAAAGAAACUCAAAUUUAAAUGAUGGAGACAUAGAAGUACUUGUUUUGGAUAUUUGUAACAUAGACAAUCAUCAAACGGCAUUUCAACAUGUUAUCAGUAAAUUUGGAAAAUUAGAUAUACUUGUAAACAAUGCAGGUCGUUCUCAACGAGCACGAUGGGAAGAAAUUGAUCUUACUGUUGACAAAGAAAUGUUUGACUUGAAUGUGUUUUCACAAGUUGCUUUAAGCAGAUUGGUGGCAAAAUAUUUUCUUGAAGUAGGAGCAGGUCAUUUUGUGAUCACUUCGAGUACUGCAGGAAUCGCAUCAACAGCAUAUUCUGCUACAUAUUGUGCAUCUAAACAUGCUUUACAUGGAUAUUUCAAUGGUUUCUGGAUAGAAAAGAUUGGUCAGAAUAUACCAGUUACAAUAGUAUGUCCAGGACCAAUUCAAACAAAUUUCUUGAUGGAAGCAUACACAGAAAAAUCUGGAGAAAAGUAUAAUGAAAAAGUAAAUGAAAAUUCAAAGAACAAAGUUAGCGCAGAACGCUGUGCAACAUUGAUAGGAAUUGCAAUAGCAAAUCAACUUUUCGAAGUUUGGAUUUCUAAACCACUUGUGAUUCAACUGAUAUACCUGAAAGUUUAUUAUCCAAAUAUGGCACUAUGGAUAUUCAAAAUAUUGGGACCAAAAUUCUUUCAACGUUUACGGGACGAUAAAACAACGAUUAAACAAGAAAGCUAAACGUGAUAUUUUUUAUAUAUUUUAUAUUUUGAACUGUAACCGGUGUCUUGGUUGUUUCUGUUAAAAAUAUCAAAAUAAAGAGAAAGCUUAACAG